CUCAGUGUGGUUACAGUCUAGAGGCCGUUGCCCAUCAGCUGGAUAAAUCUGAAUUAAACAUGUUGAAAAGAAAACCAUCCAACGUGUCUGAUAAGGAGAAGAGUCAAAAGCCAAAGCGCACAAGCAGUUUUGGAAGCUUUGACCGUUUCAGACAUCACUCGAUAUCAAAGGCAGAUGAUUCAGCUGAGAUAUCUGAAUUGGAGACCAUAAGUGAUGUUGGAGAUGCAGUACAAAGUAAAGCAGUAGGUAAUGGAGGAAGCUUGGGUAAGAAGAUGAGAGCCAUUUCCCUUACCAUGAAGAAAAAGAUGGGUAAAAAGUACAUCAAGGCACUCUCUGAGGAGAUGAAUGAAGAAGGAAAAGAUGACGGUGAUCCUGGUGGUGGAAUACACACAGAGAAGGUUUCCCUAAAAAACAGUGACUCUAUGGAUAGUCUCUACAGUCUCAACAGUGGCCAAAGCUCAUCUAGUGGAGUCACCAGCUGCUCUGAUGGAACCAGCAACAGGGAUAGCCUGAGGUUUGAUGAUGAGGUCCCUUACAGUGGGCCCUUCUGUGGCCGAGCCAAAGUACACACCGACUUCACACCAAGCCCCUAUGACACCGACUCCCUAAAAAUUAAGAAAGGAGAUAUUAUAGACAUCAUCUGUAAGACACCCAUGGGCAUCUGGACAGGCAUGCUGAACAACAAAGUAGGAAACUUUAAAUUCAUUUAUGUGGAUAUUAUUUUGGAAGAAGAAACUGCACCCAGGAAACUAAAGCCGCACAGAGGAAGCAAAAGGGCCAAACCUAAAACUUUACAAGAACUCCUGGAAUAUGUCCAUCUGCAGGAUUAUGCCUCAACCCUCUUGCUAAAUGGCUACGAAACUCUAGAGGACUUAAAGGAUCUAAAAGAGAGCCAUUUGAUUGAAUUAAAUAUUUCAAACCCAGAAGACAGGGUGAGAUUAUUAUCAGCAAUUGAAAAUCUACAGGACUAUGACACUGAACAACAGCAAGAAAAUGAAAGUGGUCAAGACUCCCAGAGCUUAAGCCCUCAGCACAGCUUUGACAAAUCACAGUUAAAUGACUGUCCAAGAGAUUCUGGCUGUUACAUCUCAUCAGAAAAUUCAGAUAAUGGUAAAGAAGAGGUAGAUCCAGAAGCCCUGUCUGACAUGGUACAGUCAGUGGAGAUCAGUGGAUCAAACUGAUCCCAUCCUGGUGCUUUUCUGCAGAUUUUCAGAAAGGAUGAUCAGAUAAGUUAAUGUGCUGGUGUGACAACACAGAAGCAGAGCACAAAAUAGUUUCAACGCCAAAAAUCUGCUUCCCUCCGAAGUAUGAUGCUCCAGACUGUUUAAAAUGUGGACAUUUGAUAGCUAAAUCUUCAUUGAUAAUAAGAAUAUCUUAUGCUUUUCUUUUUAAUGAAUCCACAGACAUUUGACUGCAAACUUUUUUUUAUCUAUAUAUUUAUAUUUGUACAGCAAAUGCAUUUUCUAUAAUGAUGGGGAAUUGUUUUAGGUGGUAGUGAUAUGUAAUCAGGACACGUUCAUUUCUGAACCAGUCCAAAAUGUUGUAAAUAUUGUACAUCUUCAUUAUUUUAAAAA